AGGACAGAUGCACAUCAGAGCUGAAAUGCUCCUGCAGGGAGAAAAGGACACCUUCAAACUGGACGUCUCGUCCCUCUGCAACAGAUUGAAGAGCAUGUGAUGCAUCAAAAUGGAUGAUCUAGAUCACAGCAUGCACAUCGCAGAGUUUGACUGGACCAGCUUCUAUGAUGAGAGUGAAGAGUGCAGUCUGCUGCAGCCUUCGCUCGCCUGCCCUGAUAACUUGAGCCUCAGCGAUUCAGAGGAUUCUGAAAACUCAAGUCCAGUCUCCAGCGCAGGCCAGCAGGAGAAACAGCACAGCCCUGAUGUGAACAGUGAUGGAGCUGAGAGCAACGCUGCAGGAUGCAGCACAGGAGAAGAGAGCCGUAUGAAGUUGUCGACAAAGCUGAAUGAGAGAAGCACAGGAGAACAAGCUGAAGAAGACAAUGUGACACAGGUGGAAUCUGAAAUAUGCCCCGAUUGUCUUGCGGGAAAUACACUCAGCACAAAAGAGCUGCAUGUGAAGACUGCAGAAGAGGAGGAGGAGACACAUGACAACAUUAUGAACACACUGCAAACUGAUACAAUACAUGUUCAGUGUUCAGGAGUUUCUAAAGAGCUGACAAAGAAGGAUGGAGAUCUGCAAACAGAAGUCGAUGAUUCCAGAAAUGAACCUGAUCCACUGUGCCCUCAAACAGAACUAAAUGUUAAUGAACAGCACACUACAGACAGAGCUAUGAAUGACGAUGUGAGCAGUGGCGCUGCGAGAGUGGAGAAGGAGCGCUGGUUCGUGACAGUGAAUGACAGUCCUGCACGACAGCGGGUGCGUGCCACCUCUGUGAAAAAAAAACGAAGACAAAAAAAACCUUGUAAAAACAGUCCCAGUCUGUGCAGCCACAGGGAGGAGAAAUCACAUGCAAAUGGCUUGGAGAUAAACAAAGAUAAAUAUGAAUCUGAGGAAGGGAGGGACGUGGGCUUCACUCAAUCAAACCAAAACUUUGUUCAAAACUCAGGAGGGCAUCAAAGUUCUGAAGUAAUUCCUAAGAGUGUUUCAGAUUCAUUGCAAUUGUCUUGUGAAGAGGACAAUGUGUCAGAAAACCUGGAUAUCUCUCAUUCCCCUAAAGAAAAUAUCACUGAGCCGACGACUGACAGAGACAAACAUGAACCAGGCAGCUCAGCAUCCACGUCACAUGAUACAUUUACACCCAAAGACUCCUCAAAGUUGGAAAGUGCGGAGUCAGACGAGUUUGAAGAUGGUGUUGAGUUCUUUUCCAUUCACAGUUAUGACUCUGAAAGCUAUUUGUCUGCUGCUGAAUCAGUGGAGGAAACUCAGCAUCUCCUCAUGGAAAACUUUCAACCUGUGGAUUUCAUACAGCUGCCGCGCUCAGCACCUCUGACGUUGCAGACUAAGAGUGCUGACAGUACACAGGACAGACAAAUGCAUUCUUGUGAUAGCACUGCCCCCUGCAAUGCAGCAGACACCAACUAUGAACGCACCGAUGUUGAGCCCGCCCUGACAUUUCCAUCUGCUGGCCAAAGAGCUGACAAAAUGCCAGAUGACAACUCUGCAUGUGAAAAUAACUCACACAGCACGGUCCUCCACACACUCUCGCACACACCUGGACUUCAAAAACACAAAAUUAAUCUUUCAGCAUCUGGUAGCUCUUCAGGAGAUCAGCUUAGUCCUCUGCCUGUUCCUGAUUUAACUGUAACACCUUGCUCUGCGGCUGACAACCCCGAAGCAUAUGCCAAAGCUGCAGGCCACACCCGACCUGUGUACGCCAUUUCUGCCUUUUGGGAGGAAAUGGAAAAACUGACAAUAAAUGAUAUUUUGCAUCUUAGGAUGGGUAGAAGCACACCUCCCUGGGAAACACAAGAAACAGCGACGACAAAUGUAGAUGAAUCUCCAACGAGUCACAGCCCUCUGGUUGACACUGUGCAGUAUAAUUUGCCUGAUGGUGGUGGUCUAAUGGACAUGUCAGACACUGCUGACUCGGACUAUUUCACACAGCCUGACGAGUCCAAGCCAGAUCGCUCAAGCUGUGAGUUUUCCACGUCAGAUUUUGAAGAGGAGUACUGGCAGUUUCUUGACGCCAGUAGGAAUCCCAGUCCUGAUCCUCACAGCAAAAACCAACAAAGGACUAAUGACUCUCCUUUUUCAUCACAGGAGGAGGAUGAGGAGGAGGAGUCCACAAGCUCUGAAGGAAAGGAGACACCUGUGCCUUCGGAGGACUUUGCAGGACAGUGUUUUGAGGAUGAGGAGUCAUAUACUUUGAGCAAACUUGCGUGGCCAGGACAGACAACAAAAAGCAAAAGUACAUACAACAUACAAGCUCUCAACAAAGAGGAUUUAACUUUACCCUUUGGUAAUGAUGACAGCAGUCUACUUCUCAGCAGCUGCCAGUCUCUGGAGGAAAACUUGGUGUUGAAAGUGAGUGAUAGCCUGGAAACACUCAUCCCAGCACCUUUUCUGUCCAAUACAGACAUACUGGAUGAACAUUAUCAAAUAUCCUUCCCAGAAGUAUUUGAAUACUUUUUCACAGAGGGUAAAGCAAAGAAUGACUCCAGGUGUGUCGCUGUCUAUGAUCCAGAUGACAUCUCAGUGGCUCCAGUGUUUGACUACACUCUUUGUACAUUCAGGGAUGAAAUGUCAUUCUUUUCCCUCCAUGAUUCCCAGUGCAGCGAGGAGAAACCCAUCCCUAUCUUCUCUUGUUCUCAUCCUCUCAGAGAACUCACAUUCCCAAAAUCAAACUAUGUUUUCUUGAGUGCAGACUACGAGGCAGAGCACGAGCUGGACAACCUCUCUCCCAUCAGAGUCGUGUCUCGCUCUUUCAUCCAGGCCAAUCAGUGUGGGACAUCUGCAGCAGCUGCAGGUGGCUCUCGCAACUGGAAAAGUUUGCUGUGGAUGAGGAAGAUUCGCUUCCACGACAAAGGUAGCAUCUGGUGCCGAAGGUCCGGCGCCUGGGUGUUUCCAGUGGAGGCUGAGAGGAUAGAGAGAAAGGAUCCACCGGUCACUGUCCUCACGCAGGGAAGAGUCUCUUCAACUCCUUCUCAGAUGUUCAGAGAGCUAGCAGUGCAGCAGAGCAUUCUGGGAACUGUACAGACAACAAGACGAGAGGGCGUCUUCUCUACGCUGAAGCAGUCAGAUAUGUGUUUGGUCUGCAUUGCCUUUGCAUCCUGGGUACUCAGAUCUUCUGAUCCAGAGUCUGCUGAUGCCUGGAAAGCAGCUCUGCUAGCAAAUGUGAGUGCGCUCUCAGCUAUCCAGUACCUGCGGCACUAUGUGAAGAAGAAGACGCCUCCUCAAGAUGGUCCCUGAUACAUAAUUGUACACACAAGAGAAGUCAUUUCCAAACAUUUUUCACCUGGGUCCAUCUGUACAAAUACAUCCACUGUAUGUACAUGUCAUACACCUGCUUAAUAUCUACUGCCUUUUUCCGAUUCAUUAUACAGCACAUAAAGAAGAACUGAUGUUUUAAGUUUUUUUCAGUGUGAAACUAGUUGGACUGAUGAUAAUCUGAUGUGCAAUAAUUAUAAUCAAAAUGAAGGUAAAUGAGGAUUAGGAAAACAAAAUAUAAAGGAUAAAAUUUCAAAGAUAAAGUUAUAAAUAUAUGUAAUAUAAGUAUUAAAAUUUUAACAUACAUAUUUUCAGUAUACGUACUCAUACUACAUAUGCCGCAUUUCUAGGCAGACUGUGAAGUUAACAUAAUUACACCUAGUUAAUGGCUGGACUGCGUAUGGUCAGUGUGCCAAAAAGAACGUAGUUGAAAACUGUUGUGGAACAGCUGUAAACAACUCACAUCAUCGCGUCGUAUUUGCAUUCUGCCUAGUGUCAGUGGUUUCAGCCCUUAAUCUAUUUGCUUCUCUCCUACUCUCUGUGCUCACAUAUACAGUAUUUUAAUACAGCCAAAUUCCCGAGUAAAGCUGUUGUCAUUUGUAUGUUUUUCUGUUUCUGUUGUCAGACAAUGGAACAACAAGAAAUAAUGACUGAAAUGUGGCCCAUGAAGACUACAUGAUAGCCUCCAAGCCAUUUCCAAGCUUCUGCUCUGCACAAAAUCUUGAUUUUAUUUACAUUUACAUUUAG